UCAAUUAAUUAACGGUUAAAUUGGGAGGUUUGAAAUUUUUAUAAAAUGAUCUUAAACGAUAUUAUAAACAAAAAAGUCGAUAAUGCGGUUUAUAUAAUUGCGGAAAUUGGCCAAAACCAUCAGGGCUGCCUGGAGACGGCAAAGAAGAUGAUUUUCGAGGCUAAGAAAGCUCGAUGCCACUGCGUCAAGUUUCAGAAAUCUGAUUUGCCAACAAAGUUUACGAGAUCAGCUUUAGAACGGGAAUAUGUCAGCGAUCACGCUUGGGGUAGAACUUACGGGAAGCACAAGGAAUUCCUGGAGUUUUCCAAGGAGCAGUUCCUCGAACUGCAGGAAUACAGCAAGGAAAUUGAUAUUGACUUCACAGCUUCCGCCAUGGACGAGCAGCGUUCAUUGGAAUUUCUGGUUGACUUAAAUGUUCCUUUCAUUAAAAUUGGUUCUGGAGAUGCAAACAACUUUCUGCUACUUAAAAAGGCGGCCUCUUUGGACUUGUCUCUGGUUAUCUCCACAGGAAUGCAAACAAUGGAAACCGUAGAGAGGAUUGUGCGAAUUAUGGAGGAGUCUGGAAAACAGAACUAUGCUCUUUUGCACUGCGUUUCAUCGUACCCAACUGCCUCCAAGGAUUGCAAUUUGCAGUUAAUACCCAUGUUUAAGAAACGCUAUCCGAACGUUGUAAUUGGAUAUUCGGGUCAUGAACUGGGGGUGAUCAUAAGUCAAGCUGCUGUUUUACUUGGAGCCCGCAUAGUGGAACGUCAUUUCACACUGGACAAGGGUCAGAAGGGGUCCGACCAUCGAUGCUCCCUCGAGCCCCAUGAACUAAAAACACUUACAACAAAAAUUAAUAAUUUUGAGCUAUCGGCAGUUACACUGCAACCUAAUGAAAUAUUGCGAAAACUAAGUGGCCGUCAAGAAUUGGAAGAAGCUCUCCGGGAUGUUCAGUACAAAACAAUUUUACCUAGCGAGCUGCCCUGUCGAAAUAAACUUGGCAAAUCCAUUGUGGCAGCUAGGAGUCUUGAAAGCGGCCACAUACUGAAGCUGACAGACAUUGCCAUCAAAGUUAGUGAACCCAGUGGCUUGACAGCGGAGGCCUAUUUAGACGUAGUCGGUAAGGAAUUAGUAGUGAAUAUUGGUGAGGAUGAGCCCAUACUUGGGAGUAGUAUAAUCAAUUAAAUCAAGAGUAUUAAUAUAAAAUAAGAUGUGGAAUAUUAAAUACAAUAAAUAGCCUGGGUUGUAUUACUCGGCUCCAUCGUC